UCUCCAGAUCUCGCGCUUCCUCUGCAUCCUCCCUCCACCGCGAAACAUCGGUUUUUUUUCCUCAACUUUUUCCGAGAAAAUUUCCUGAAUAUCCAAUAAUUCCGAGAAAACUCCGCAAAAUGUCAUGGCCUACCGACACAGAGUUAAAUGCCAUAAAGAAUGCUGUGGCCCAGAUGAGUGGAAGAGAUGCUGGGGAAGUUCGAGUUGUGGUUGCUCCUUAUCGUAUAUGUCCUCUGGGAGCUCAUAUCGAUCACCAGGGUGGAACCGUGUCGGCUAUGACGAUUAACAAAGGAAUUCUUCUGGGCUUCGUUCCAUCUGGUGAUCCUAAGGUUGUAUUGCGUUCUGCACAGUUUGAAGGAGAAGUACAUUUCAGAGUUGAUGAAACCCAACACCCAAUACACCUGGCAAACAAGAAUGGCGGAAUUUCCACUUCUCCGUUGAGAGAAAAAGGAACCUGGGGCACUUAUGCCAAAGGAGCAUUGUACGCAUUACAGAGCAAGGGGAACAAUCUCCAACAGGGCAUUAUUGGUUACAUCAGCGGCUCUGAUGGACUUGAUAGUUCUGGGCUUAGCUCUUCUGCUGCUGUUGGUGUUGCUUAUCUGCUAGCAUUUGAGAGUGCAAAUGAAUUGGCAGUAUCACCAACGGAAAACAUCGAAUAUGACAGACUUAUCGAGAAUGGGUAUCUGGGUCUGCGAAAUGGAAUAUUGGAUCAAUCAGCCAUUUUGCUUUCAAGUUAUGGGUGUCUAACAUGCAUGGACUGCAAGACUAAGGAACACAAGCUUGUGCAUGCACCUGAACUGGAGAGACCAUUCAAGAUUUUGUUAGCAUUCUCAGGCUUGAGGCAGGCAUUGACGACCAACCCAGGAUAUAAUCGUCGAGUUGCUGAGUGUCAAGAGGCUGCUAAAGUUCUGUUGGCUGCUUCUGGAAACAGUGAGCUGGAACCUACCCUGUGUAACGUUGAGCUUGCUGUCUAUGAAGCUCACAAGCAUGAGUUGGACCCUCAUUUAGCUAGAAGAGCGGAGCAUUAUUUCUCAGAGAACUCGCGGGUUACCAGAGGACUAGAAGUUUGGGCGUCGGGGAAUCUUGAAGAAUUCGGAAAGCUAAUUUCAGCCUCGGGGCUGAGUUCUAUUGAAAAUUAUGAAUGCGGUGCGGAGCCGCUGAUACAGCUAUACAAUAUUCUUAUACGGGCUCCGGGUGUAUAUGGAGCUCGGUUCAGCGGAGCUGGUUUCAGGGGAUGCUGUCUUGCCUUUGUAGACGCAGAGAAAGCAGAAGCAGCUGCUUCAUACGUGAAGAACGAGUACCGAAAGCUGCAACCCGAGCUGAUGAAUCAACUGAACCACGAGAACACGGUUCUGAUCUGUGAGGCCGGUCACUCUGCUCGUGUUCUCUGAUCACAUUGGCCGUGGUUUCGGUUUAGGUUUAUACUUCACUUCAGAAACCUUCACGAGUUUUUGGUCUUGGAAUGGUCGUGUUUUCCUUUGUUGAUUCCUUAUAUUCAUUCAUUGUCACAUACUGGGACGAGAGAAUCUCUGGUCAGUUUUCUCCCAUGAGAGCUUGCUUGUAGGGUUUGUAGAAAUCCAGCAAUUCUUAACACAUUAAACUACACUGUUCUUUGGUGAUGAAUGCAAGAUAUUCUUUUUA